GUUCCCCUCAGAGACACACGGUUUACAACGUUCGAACGUUUAUAAAGAUUUCUGUUCGAUUCGCAUCGAAACACAUCGACCAAUUCAGCGAAAACAUACCAGUAUUACUUUCUCGAUCAAACGGUAACCUAAAUUUUUCACGGAACGCGCAGCUCUUUUACCUAUUUACUUUUGUUAAUAAUCUGAAACGAAUUUUUCGAGUGUUUCUUAUACGGUGGCGAUCGCACGUGGUGAAAAUUUCUCGCUGAAUUUCUCGCGAUCGUAGCGUUCAGUUUUUGCGUGGAAGCUGUAAAACUGUGCACAGAAACACAUUUGACGCGACGCCAGUGAACUCUUCGCGAGUAUUCUCGGAAAAGAAGAGAAAAAAGAAACAGAACGAUCGUGGCGUUCGCAGGGAAAACAACACGCCUGUGGACACGCUACUGGUCAUGAUGGCUUUAGGAAUUACAAUUACCGUGGUUCACUGUUGGCUGUGAUGUGACAUUGAUACAAGGGUCGCCACACGUACGAACUCAACAAUGGAGUGUCUUUGAGCACCACUCGUGCAAUUCAGCUUCCCUUAUACAUCGAUAUCUGCCGGAGAAAUCAUAAAAUUGGCGAACUCUCUUCAGCAUAGAAAAACUACUCGCAAACAUGUCCAGGUAUAGCGUCCAAGAGUACGACCUCGAAACUGGAAAGCAAGUCCGGUUAACCGGAUACAGCAAUGCUGCCUUCGAAGAUCCAUUUCGAAGCAACAACAACGAUUUUGAUCAGACUGCUGAACUAGAAAACAGGCUUAGCAAUGUCCACGUCUCGAGCCAGGAUGACAAAGAUAUGAAUAAUGAUGUUCCACAAAAUCGCGAAAAAGGUUUCUUAUGCUCCCUAGAAAGGAAGUGGUUAUAUCAACGAAUCAAAAGAUCCUGCAGGAAAAAGUUACUUUACAAAAGAAUACCUAUAGCAGCAUGGAUACCAAAGUAUCGCAAGGACUACAUAGUAAGUGAUCUUGUUGCCGGUAUUACCGUAGGCCUUACCGUUAUACCGCAGGCAAUAGCUUAUGCGAACGUCGCAGGACUUCCUUUGCAGUAUGGUUUGUAUUCGUCUUUCAUGGCGUGCUUCGUGUACACCAUCUUCGGAUCCUGUAAAGACGUUCCAGUUGGACCGACCGCGAUCAUCGCAAUAUUAACCAGAGAAACAUUACAGAAAUCUGAUCUAGAACCUGACUUUGCGGUUCUUUUAACUCUCAUCUCUGGUUGUAUCUGUUUUUUUAUGGGAAUUUUACAUUUAGGCUUUUUAUUGGAUUUUAUAUCAGGACCAGUUUCGGUCGGUUUCACAUCAGCAGCGGCAAUUAUUAUAGCUACUAGCCAAGUAAAAGAUAUUCUAGGCAUUCAUAUCGGUGGUAGUAAAUUCGUCGAAGUAUGGCAAAAUAUAUUUGAAAAAAUUGGAGAGACGAAGCUCUGGGAUACUGCAUUGGGCAUCUCGUGUAUAAUUAUCCUUCUUCUUCUCAGAAAAAUCAAAGACAUACCGUUUAUGAAAAAGGCUGCAAAAAUGUCAUCAAGAGCACAAGUAAUUAUGCAAAAAUCACUCUGGUUGCUGUCUACGGCGCGAAAUAUUCUCGUGGUCCUCGUGUGCGGUGUUAUGUGCUGGCUUUUAGAAAGUCACUUAGGUUCUUCGCCUGUUAGACUGACUGGCCACGUUAAACAAGGACUUCCGGAAUUUCGGCUACCACCAUUUCAAACUUACCACAAGAACGAAACGUACGACUUCGUCGACAUGGUUUCUGCCCUCGGCUCUGGAUGUCUAGUCGUUCCUUUGUUGAGCCUCUUGGAAACCAUUUCCAUUGCCAAAGUUUUUAAUGAAGGUAAACCAAUCGAUGCAACUCAAGAAAUGUUGGCUUUGGGUGUGUGCAACGUUGUGUCGGCUUUCGUUUCUUCAAUGCCCGUCAGCGGUGGCCUCAGCCGAGGUGCAGUAAACCAUUCCUCUGGAGUAAAGACAACUCUCGGCGGUAUCUAUACUGGCCUUCUAGUACUCGUGUCGCUUCAGUUCCUCACCCCAUACUUAUACUUUAUUCCUAACGCCGCCCUUGCUGCAAUCAUCAUCGCGGCGGUCAUCUUUAUGGUGGAAUUACACGUGAUCAAGCCUAUAUGGCGAACAAAAAAAAUUGAUCUCAUACCAGCAAUAGCUACGUUUCUAUGCUGUCUUUUUAUAAGACUUGAGAUAGGUAUAGUGAUUGGUAUCGGUAUAAACGUUCUGUUCCUACUUUACGCUUCAGCGAGGCCGUCGUUAAGAGUUCAUAAAGAUACAAGUAUUAACGGCUGUGAAUAUCUUGUCAUAACGCCUGACAGAAGUCUCGUUUUCCCGAGCGUUGAAUAUGUGCGAGCUGUAAUUAGUAAGCAAGGUACAAAACAGGGAACCGCAGUACCUGUUGUCAUAGAUUCUACGCAUAUUCAAGCAGCAGAUUUUACAGCCGCGAAGGGAAUUAAAAGUUUGACGGAAGAUUUUUCUAAACGUGGACAGCCUUUAAUUUUCCAUAAUUUGAAACCAAGUAUUAUAGAAAUUUUCAAAGGUGUAAAACCUUCUGGUUUGAGGUGUAGCUCUAGCGAACUUGAACUUAAUGACUGUUUGAAAGAAUUUUCAAAUAUUUCGUCGGCUUCUAUGAAUAGAUACUGACAAUAUUUAGACUUCUAUAAAUUCCGUCCCGGAAGUACUCUUUCUUUAGUUUAUAUGUAUCAGUAUUAUAAUAAAACGAAGAUGGUCAAUAUGUUAGACAAUAUUAU